AUGUCGCAGCACUUUUACGACGAAGCCGAGAACCUCGUUCUCGAUGCCCUUGAGAGCUUGGCUCUUACACACUCGGGCCUGUCGUUCGACAAGUCUAAGAAAGUAAUCUGGCUCACAAACAACGACUCCAAGAAGGUCUCCAUCCUCUCAGGAGGCGGUGCCGGCCAUGAACCCGCGCACGCCGGCUUCGUCGGCGACAGUAUGCUCACAGCCGCCGUCUCGGGCUCCAUCUUCGCUUCCCCGAGCGUCGCACAGAUCGUCUCCGGAAUCAGCCGCGUGGCAUCCCCCGCGGGCGUCCUGCUCGUGGUGAAGAACUACACCGGCGACGUCUUCCACUUCCACCUGGCCGCCGAGAAGGCCAAGGCCAGCCUGGGCAUCCCCGUCGAGGUCAUCGUCGUCGGCGACGACGUCUCCGUGGGCCGCAAGAAGAGCGGCAAGGUCGGCCGCCGCGGCCUGGCCGGUACCGUCCUCGUCCACAAGAUUCUCGGCGCGUACAAGGAGACGGGCGCGUCGCUGGCGGAUGUGCUGAAGCUGGGCAAGACGGUCGGCGACAACCUCGUUACGGUGGGUGCGUCGCUGGAGCAUGUCCACAUUCCCGGUCGUGAGGCCGCUGCGCCAUCGGCCGGGGACCAGGUUGAGCUGGGCAUGGGUAUUCACAACGAGCCCGGAUGCCAAGUUCUCAAGCCCCGCCCGGAGCUGCCGAAGCUCAUCGAGCAGAUGUUGACGCAGCUUUUGGAUACUAAGGACGCUGACAGAGCGUAUGUCGACUUCUCUGAUGCGAAGGACGUUGUUUUGUUGGUGAACAACUUGGGCGGUGUCUCGCCUUUGGAGUUCAGCGGUAUUACGGCCAAGGUCGUCAAUGCUCUGGGCGGACGUGGACUCAAGUUGGCUCGUGUCAUCUCGGGAACAUACAUGACGAGUUUGAACGGACCAGGUUUCAGCAUCACCCUGCUGAAGGCCACUCCCGAGAUCUUGAAGUACGUUGACGCGAGCACCGAUGCCCUUGGCUGGGCCUACACGCCGCGCAACGAGACCGGUAGCGACGCGAAGCAGCGCAUCGUCGAGAGCGGGGAGACUAGCCAUGGCUCCGACGGCUCGAAGAGCGGCGUUCAACUCAACGUAGAAACCUUCAAGAAGGUCGUCGCCGAGGCGCACAAGAGAAUCGCAGACGCAGAACCCCAAAUCACCGACCACGACACCAAGGUCGGCGACGGAGACUGCGGCGUCACGCUGCUGAGAGGAGCCAAGGCCGUCUCAAAGUACGCCGAGUCCUCCUCCGUCAGCGACGACGCCGUCCGCACCGCCAUCGACCUCACCAACGUCAUCGAGGAUAACAUGGACGGCACCUCGGGUGCCAUCUACAGCAUCUUCUUUGCCGCGUUGUCGUCCGAGCUGCGCAAGGCCAGCGCCGGCGUUCUUGAUCUGAAGGCGUGGACCAAGGUGGCCGUGGGAGCCCUGGAGAAGCUUCAGCAGGCGACCCCGGCCAGACAGGGAGACAGGACGCUGUUGGAUGCUCUGGAGCCGUUUGUCAAGACGCUUGAGAAGACUGGCAGCGUCAAGGAUGCCGUUGCGGAGGCUAGGAAGGGCGUCGAGGCGACCAAGGGAAUGGCGGCGUCUCUCGGCAGAGCCGUCUACGUGGAGGAGUCGGCGUGGGGCAAGGUGCCGGAUCCCGGUGCUGAGGGCGUGCUGGCUAUUCUUGAGGGUCUCGAGGCGGCCACGUCUUGA